AUGUCUCGUCAACCUAGCUUGCGACCCAAGUCUUACAUUCCUGGUUAUCCAGAUGCCAUGUAUAAUCUUGCUGCGGUGACCACCUUGAAACAGCUUGAGUCCCGCGUGGGGUUGGCAGACGAGAAGCAUGACCAGCGUGUUUUUCGAGUCAAGCGCAAGCAUGUCUUGAAGGCAUGCGAUCGUUGCAGAGUCAAGAAGACCAAGUGUGAUGGGAAACAGCCAUGCAACCGUUGUUCUGCGUACAACCAUCCAUGUCUCUUUCGGGAGAGGAAGGCUACGCAAACCAAAGUAUACUCACGAGGAUUCGUUGAAAUGCUCGAGUCGCAUCACUCUCUGGUGGUCAAAGCACUUCAGCGGCUUUAUAAGCUUUGCGUCAACAAGGAGGACUUCCCUGGGGAGCCACUGCAGGACGCACCCGACGGUUAUCCUCUGACGCACGCUAUCCUAGACCGGUUAGGUCUAAUCAAGCAAGCCGAGGAAAAUGCGGACGAGCCGGAGGAAGAAUCCGAAGACCUCCAGUACUUACGAUUUCUUUCAACCUCGACUGAUAGUAGCGCCACAACAGAUCCAUCACCCGAACCUGCCACCCCUCCUGAGCCUUCACCAAGUGAAUGUAGUCCCGUGCUCGCUUCGCCCAAAUGCAGCGACCCGUGGAGAUGGGACAUGCAGCCAGUUCAGAAUAUCCACUCAGGGGCGUAUCAGAGCUAUCAACCACACACAGGUUAUCAGACUAUGGCAUUCCCUCGCCCACAUUUGGAACCUAUGGCCCUUGCAUGCGAACUGAAGUGCACGGAUACUGGGCCAUCGAUGACUGCUCAUGAGCAGCCAUGUUACUACUAUGUUGGUACCGACUCUGGCGCAGAAUCCAGCAAGAGCUCCGGGCUGCCGGUCGGCCUAAUGCAGCAACAACCUGUAAUUAGAUCCGGCAUGUCCGUGAGCCUGAUGAGUGAUUAUGCCUUGCACGUCCCUGAACAGCACGCUAUCUAUCCACCUCCUACGACCAGCUGGUCAUAUCGUUGUGAUUAG